UUAAGCUGCUCUGCGCCUCUGCUUCAUCACCAAGUCCAAGUGCAUACUUCCUAGUACUCCAGCACAGCAAGUGCAAGUUCCUAGUACCAAAUAGCAGCAAUGGCGCCAGCGCAGCAAGUGCAAGUUCCAGUGCAAGCCUCGCCACCCGCGAUUCUCAGCGUCCUCGAGACCACUCUCGUAGCGCCCUCGCCGAGCGCCGGUGCCGCCCCGCUGGAGUCCUCCCUCCCGCUCACCUUCUUCGACGUCCUCUGGCUCAACUCCCCGCCCGUCGAGCGUGUUUUCUUCUACCGCCUCGCCGCCGACGCCGACGUCCCCGCCAUCCUCUCCAACCUCAGGACCUCGCUGCCCCAGGCUCUCCACGCCUACUACCCGCUCGCCGGCCGCCUCCGCCUCACGCCUGGGACGGCUGACCGCUACGAGAUCUACUACCAGCCGGGCGACGGCGUCACCUUCACCGUCGCCGAGUACCGCGACGAUGUUGACAUCGACGAGCUCGUGGUUGACAAGCCGAGGGAGGUCUGCAAGAUCGGGCCGCUCGCACCGCCUCUUCCCAAGGGGGGCCCGGUGCUCGCGCUGCAGGCCACCGUGCUCCACCGUGGCCUCACCAUUGGCGUGGCCGUGCACCACGCUGCCUGCGACGGCGCCAUCUCCACGCGCUUCCUGCACACCUGGGCGGCGGCCGGCACCGGCGUCGUCGCUCCGUCACCUCCUGUCAUCGACAGAACUCUCAUAAAGGACGCCACGGGUCUCUACGACGUCUUCGUCAAAGCCAUGCCGUCGGCCGACGAGAUGGAGCACGUCAAGGAGUUGGACGACAAGCUCCUCGCCACCUUCACACUGUCCAAACAAGACAUACAGCGUGUCAAGGACGUGGUAGCCAGCGAAGCGGCGCGGCGAGGCGCGCCGCCGCCGCGAUGCUCCUCGCUGGUGGCCACCUUCGGCUUCAUGUGGUCCUGCUACCAGCGAGCCAGAGACGAUGCAGGAAGCAACGGCGGCGACCGCCCGACGUACCUGGUCUUCCCCGUCGACCACCGCGCGCGGAUGAAGCCUCCCGUCCCGGACGAGUACCUCGGCAACUGCGUCGGCGGCGCCAUGCACGCCGCGCCCAUGGACCAGCUCGCGGAAGCCGGCGCCAGCGGCCUCUUCGUCGCGUGCACGGCGCUAGCUGCGGCGAUCGAGGAAGCGGUGCGCGGCAUCAGGUCACCCGAGACGAUCGCGUUGUGGUUGGACAAGUUUAGGGAGGCUGCCAUGGCCGGGAUGUGGACUGUCGCCGGGUCGCCGAGGUUCCGCGUGUACGAGGUGGACUUUGGGUUCGGGCGGCCGGCCAAGGUGGAGAUCGUGUCCGUGGCGAGAACCGGUGCCAUGGCGGUGGCAGAAGGGCGGAGCAGCGCCGGCGGCAUCGAGGUGGGCAUCUCUCUGCCGGCGGCUGGCAUGCAGAGGUUCCAAGAGUGCUUCCGAGAUGCCAUUGACUCGCUUCAUCAUCAUUAAACAAGUAGUAAUUUUUUUUGCUGUGCAAUUGUGAUAGCUCGUCAGGUGAGAUUGAUAUGUGCACUGGAUGUUGAGCAGCAGCUAUGUAGCGUCUAGUCGGUUGUGUCCAGAUACUGAGAUAUCACAAUGGUCACUGAAUCCAUCAUGCAUAUGCAUAUCCAUAGCUAGUGAUGUUGGCACAUUAAUUUUCUCGGUAAAAAAUUAUUGUGGAGGUAUAUAAUCCAAAUUUUCUUCCA